AUGGCUGCUGCUGCGGCAGCCGCCGGCGUCGGGUUCCAGCUCAUUGGCGCCGCCGCGGCCACGCUCCUCGCGGCGGUCCUUGUUGCGGCCGUGCUGGGGCGCCGCCGCCGGCCCCGGCCCCAUGCGCCUCUGGUGGAAGGGAAACCCGCGCCGGAGGCAGGCUGCGCGGUCGGUGACGGCGGGACGGACGUCAUCAUCGUCGGCGCCGGGGUAGCUGGAUCUGCGCUGGCAUACACGCUAGGAAAGGAUGGCCGUCGGGUGCAUGUCAUCGAGAGGGAUCUGACAGAACCUGACAGAAUUGUGGGUGAACUGUUGCAACCUGGGGGUUACUUGAAAUUAAUUGAGUUGGGCCUCGAAGAUUGUGUGGAAGAAAUUGAUGCCCAGCGUGUCCUUGGUUACGCAUUAUUCAAAGAUGGAAGGAACACAAAGCUUGCUUAUCCCUUGGAGAAGUUCCAUUCUGAUGUUGCUGGCAGGAGCUUUCACAAUGGGAGGUUUAUACAGAGGAUGCGUCAAAAAGCUGCGUCUUUGCCCAAUGUCCAAUUAGAGCAAGGAACUGUUACAUCACUUCUUGAAGAAAAUGGUACUGUCAAAGGUGUUCAAUACAAAACCAAGUCAGGUGAAGAACUAAAAGCUUAUGCGCCCCUGACUAUUGUAUGUGAUGGCUGCUUUUCGAAUCUACGGCGCGCCCUUUGCUCUCCAAAGGUUGAUGUUCCUUCAUGUUUUGUUGGGCUGGUAUUGGAGAAUUGCCAACUUCCACAUCCAAACCAUGGCCAUGUUAUCUUGGCCAAUCCUUCUCCAAUCCUAUUUUACCCAAUUAGCAGCACAGAGGUGCGCUGUUUGGUUGAUAUCCCUGGUCAGAAGGUGCCUUCCAUAGCUAGCGGUGAAAUGGCAAAUUAUCUCAAAACUGUUGUUGCUCCCCAGAUUCCUCCAGAAAUCUCUGACUCUUUCAUAGCGGCCAUUGAUAAGGGAAGCAUAAGAACAAUGCCAAAUAGGAGCAUGCCAGCAGCUCCACAUCCAACCCCUGGUGCACUUUUGAUGGGGGAUGCAUUCAAUAUGAGACAUCCUUUAACAGGUGGAGGAAUGACUGUUGCAUUAUCUGACAUCGUUGUCCUACGUAAUCUUCUCAAGCCUCUUCGCAAUCUUCAUGACGCACCUUCCCUGUGCAAGUACCUUGAAUCGUUCUAUACACUGCGGAAGCCAGUUGCUUCCACAAUAAACACAUUGGCUGGUGCUCUGUACAAGGUCUUCAGUGCCUCGCCUGAUCAAGCUAGGAAUGAGAUGCGCCAAGCUUGUUUUGAUUACUUGAGCCUUGGAGGCGUCUUCUCAAAUGGGCCUAUUGCUUUACUCUCUGGUCUUAAUCCUCGACCACUGAGUUUAGUUGCACACUUCUUUGCUGUUGCUAUCUAUGGUGUUGGCCGCUUGAUGCUCCCUCUUCCUUCACCUAAACGAAUGUGGAUUGGGGCCAGACUGAUUUCUGGUGCAUGUGGCAUCAUCCUCCCAAUCAUUAAAGCUGAAGGCGUGCGACAGAUGUUCUUCCCUGCUACUGUACCCGCGUAUUACCAGGCCGCACCUAUGGGAGAAUAA